AUGUCCUCCUCCCAAUCGCUGAACGACGAUGAAACGAAUGCUUUUUCUUUGCUGCGUACCCCGAAAUACUUUGUCCCCGAAAACGAGGACUCUUCGUCGUCUUCUUUCGUCGACAAAAUCAUCCCAAGAGGAGGACGCGGAUUUGGAGACGAAGCGGAUGGAUUCGAAUUGGAUUCCUUUACGGAAGCGUUCGACGCGUCCACGUCCAAACUCUCCGAAACGCUCGAACACAUCGACUCAGCUUUAGAUUGGACGAACAAUCCUUUACGAUUCGUCUUUGCCACGUUUACGGUGUGCGCGACAAUCACGUGGUUCGGCUACGCCGGAGAUAACAUGCACUUGCACAGACAAGCGGGGAGUUUAGCGCACUGCGGAGGGUUGACGCGAGAGAUGACGUGGACGAGCGGGAUGAUUUGUGGGAAGAGAAUUGGCGGUGUGGUGUUACUUGUAUACAGAUUGAUGUGUUUCGUGUUGUGUUUGAUGUAUUGUUACUAUGAAAAUGUUGCUUGGUUUCUGGCGUGUCUCGGGCGAGCGCCGAACGAGUUGGAAGCGUACGCGGAGUAUUACGAGUGGACGGUGUUAGUGCUGGCGGCGUUUUUCGGGGUCGCGACGGUGGCGAGUUUUAAAGGCGUGUUUGGGUAUUACGCGAGAGAAGAUUCGGUGAAAUUCGUGGGGCAUUCUGGGAAGACGAAUAGACUCGGACAUUGGGUGGUGACGUUGUAUUCCACGGCGUUUACGUUGGCGUUGGCGUUGGACGCGUACGAGUGGGCGAGGAUGAUUUUUUUACCCAGGUGUGCGGCAGACGACGAACAAGGAAAGCUGGAGACUUUGCUCGAUCCGAAAGCGAGGGAGUGUUAUUUAAACGAGCGGUAUUAUUUCGCGUACGGAAUUAACUUGAUUUUGUUAUUCGGCGAGGCGUGUUUAGGCCGGUUGACGUUUCCAAAGUGUUAUUUAGGCGCGCCAAUUUUCGCGUGUUGUUUGUACGUGUUAGUCGUGGAUGUCAUGCACGGGUACUUUGGAAUGCAAUGGCCGACGGAGGCGAUCAACGUCAUGCGAUGGCAGGCGUGUUUUAACGUCAACGCGAUCAUUUUUGGAGUCUUUUUCGUGCACUUUGUUUUAGUGUGGACGUUGGGAAAGACGAAACGAUUCUUCGCCAAAGUCUUGUUCGAUGAUUUCGACGAGAGAACGCCGUUGUUCAUGUAA